AUGGGCAAUUCCUUCUUGAGAUUAUCACCACCAACAACCUUUUCCAACGCCCCGGUUCGGAGAGGUACCUUGACCCUGCACCACCCUGAGGUCUUAGAAAAGGUCUUAGCGGCGCACUUUGGUGGUGUCUCUGAGGACACCCCGGCUUCAGCCUUGCCACUCAGGCCGUCGUCGCCUGCCAACGUCUCGACGCCCUCGCCGCCACACUCGGUCGUCACUAUAAGGUUUCCAAGCUAUCACAAGCCGACAUAG